UUCAUCACAGCCUUUGGGUGUGAACAGAGCUGUUGUCCUGAACCCUGAUGCUCCUCUUGUCUCGCAGAGUGUGUGUUUGUACGUGUGUGUGUGUGUGUGUGUGAUUGUAAAUGAAUGAAUCAGUUUGAGAUCUAAUCAGCAAGUCAGGCAUAUGAGCAACUCUGUGGGACAGCGCUUCUAACCAGAGCGCAGCAAACGGGAACUACAUGGGAGCUCUUAACUACUACAUCUCUCUAAAGAUAGAUGGCCAUGUCCUCCACCCCGCUGGCCGAGACGGAAGAAGAUGUAUUUGAUUUGACAGACGCGGUGCCUGAGACCGAGCGACUGGACAGCAGCUUACAGAAAGCUAAAGCUCAGCUGUCUAUCAAAACCAGGAGGCACCGCCCCUCCAGGUCCCGUCUCCGGGACAGUCUGAGCUCCACAGAGGGAGAAGACAGCCUUGAUGGAAAGAGCUACAGUGGCCUGUUGUCUGGCUCCUGCUCGCCUCUCCACGUGUCCUUACGCUGCCCCUCCCCCUUCGCUGACCUCCAACCUUCCUCAUCUCCCGCAAGGAAGGAGAGAUCCUUCACCUUUGACACAGCUGAGAGCGAAAAGAAAGAACAAAGAAGAAGGAGUGCAUGCUUGCUGAAUCCGUCCUCUCCAACACACCUGCUCAAGGGGGAUCAUCUCCAGCAGCGCCGGGAGGACAGUUCCCAACUGUGCCAGGGGGAUCAUCUGAAGCGUUACCACAAAGAGAACUCCCACCCACACCACAGGGGCCAUUCCCAACUGCACCAGGAGGACCACAUUGACCCCCACCAGGCUGCCCAUCUCCCACUGGACCCAGAGGACCACACCCACCCGCGACAGGCUGACCAUAUCCAACAGCACCGAGAGGACCACCCCGACCUGCGCCGGAGGGACCAUCUCCAGGAGGACCGCACACAUCCGCACAAGAGGGACCAACUUCAGGAGGACCACACCCACCUGCACAAGACGGACCAACCCCACAUGCGUGAGAAGGACCAAGUCCAGCUACAUGAGGAGAAUCAUUCUCCCCUGUGCCAGAGGGAGUACUCUCAGAGUGAAGAUGACGGUCGUGAUAUUGCGUCAGACGAGCCGAGCAGCCCGACAGUCCUGCUGGACAAGAAGACCAGGAGGCGUUUCCUGGAUCUUGGGGUCACUUUGCGGCGCACGUACGGGAAGGUCAGGAGGGAGCGAGCCAACAGACACGCCGCGGAAAACCGGGAGCCUGACGGAGCAGGAAGCCGUUCCACGCGUUCAUCUGGUCCACCGUUCGUGCCUUUCUCCUGGUUGAGUGAGAGAAUAAGGGGCUCCGGUUCUCCGAAGAACUCCAGCCAAUCCCCAGCCAAGUCGGAGGACGAGGAGUUGAAAAACGACGGCAGGUCCAGCAGGACCGAAUCGUCGCAGCCGUAUCAGAGUCUUUCCGAUCACUCGGACGAGGGACGUGAUGAGCGCGCAGAAGCCCGCGUCGUGAAAAAGAAGACCAUCCUGCCGUUCUCAUCGGGCGGAAGAGACAGGACAGAAAAACAGAACGGCGUCCAAAGGGACAAGAGGGACGACGGACACGGCGGAGAAGGCCAGAAAUUACUGAGCUCUCAAUCACACUGCAAGCAUUUUGAUUUAUGAAUAAACUCGUCCUAUAUGUUUUAUUUUUCUUCUUGUUGUUUUUUCAGCUGUAAAUACUGUAGGCACUGAUAUUAUUGUAACGUAU